CAGUAAGCUCCCUACCUUUAAAAUCCUAUAAAUAGAAACUCUGCUUUAAUUUUUACUCUGAAACCUGCUUGACAGCACUCUGAAUCCAAGCGUGCCGUGUGAACCGAGAGCUGCCCUCUUGAAAUGCUCUCACGUAGUGGAUUUUGCCUUCAUUGCAAAAACCUAACUCUGGUCCGUGAAGCUGCAUUGUUUCCUGCACAUUAAAUGAUCAAAAUUUUACCAAAAAGUCCAUGCUGUCAGCAGAAUAUUUAUGUUUACCUCAGCAGCUGACUUGCCUGACCAGCAUGUGCAGUACAGGAUACAUUACAUGUAAAUCUGGACAUUCCAAACUUCCCUGUGCUGACUAUAUCCUCUUCUACCAGAACAAAUAUAAGUCUGCUGCAGCUUUUUUCGUAGGUCCCUGCUCCCUAACAGCCUCAUAGGACUGAUACACUGAACUAAGCCUUCGCCGGUCAGUGGAAAUUGAGGUGAAAACGUGUCCAACAUGGGAUUUUCAUCGUUUGUGUGUGUAUUUUUGGCCUGCUGCGUCUGUUGCAGCAGAGCUAUGCGGACUGCACUCAACCACGAGGCUGUGAAUGACAGACCUGUGAUCGGUAUUUUGACGCAGAUAGUUUCAGAUGAAAUAAUGAAACCGUUUGGGGGGACCUACAUACCUGCCUCCUAUGUGAAAUACAUUGAGUCUGGGGGCAGCAGAGUGAUGCCUAUCAGGUUGACUCUUACUACUCCUGAAUAUGAAAAUAUCUUCAAGAAGAUAAAUGGUCUGCUUUUCAUCGGGGGAGCUGCAGAUUUGGAGACGUCGGACUUUGCCAGGGUGGCGAAGAUCUUUUAUAGACUCGCUCUGAUGGCCAAUGAUGAGGGGGACUUCUUCCCCAUCUGGGGUACAUGCAUGGGCAUGCAGCUGCUGACUGUGCUGGUGGCCGGUGAAAAUCUGCUGGCAAACACCACAGCUGAGAACAUAGCGUUGCCCCUCAACCUAACCACAGAGGCCUACUCUAGUAGGAUGUUUGAGGGUUUCCCUGAUGAGUUUAUGAAGACUUUGACUCAAGAACCUCUGACUGGCAAUUUUCACCACUACGGACUUAGAGUAGAGACCUUCCAGGAAAAUGAGAAGCUGCACAAUUUCUUCUCCCUCUUGUCUACAAACGUGGCUGAAAACGGAGUCCACUUUGUCUCAACCAUAGAAGGUAAGAGAUAUCCCUUCUACGGAGUACAGUGGCACCCAGAGGUGAAUCGUUUUCAGUGGGACAGCAAGCUGAAAUUUCCUCACUCCCCUCACGCUGUUCAGUUGUCAUCUCUGCUGGCUGAGUUUUUUGUCAAUGAAGGAAGGAGAAGUUUGCAUCAGUACGACAGUCCAGAGGAAGAGGCCUCGCCACUGAUUUACAACUACACGCCUGUCUAUGUUGGAAACUUCACGGGAUAUGAGCAGCUCUAUUUCUUCUGACGUCGUCCAGUGCCCGACUUUGUGUGUCAAUGUAUGUUCCACUGAAUUACAGGGUGAACUGAAAUGUUACGGGCCUGAAGGUGACAUUUGAGUUAAAAUUUGAAAAUUUGGUUUUAAGUUUCAGCAUGUACGUUCAUUCUUGACCUUGGAAACAGUAGUUAGAAGAAAAAAAAAAACAAAAAAACAUUUAAACUGUAUCUCACUGUAAUUUUGUCAAACUAUUAUCCUUUAUUAUUUUAGUUUACCUGCCUACACCCAUAUACAUUUGUGCCUAAUCAAAUGACCAAAAACUAAUUAAUAAUUCCCAAUUAAGGCUUGUAACUGAUCAUUCUUUACAUUAUUAAUUCAUUUACCAAUUAUUAUUUGAUAUUGUUGUUUGGUUUGGUCUAUUAAAAAUUUAAAAGGA